CUGAAGCAAUUUGCAUGUUUGAGUCGUAGUAGAUGCAAGGAUGUCACAGUAUGCAGUAGGGCUGUGCGAAAUCCUGGUAGACGAGUUUUUUGGAGAAUGCUGCUCGGAAAUAGCAAGCAUUUUACUUCGUCAUGGACGAAUGAAUUUACCUAUGAUUCUGAAACGAACGAAUCUUCCUGGGUCAAAAAUCCGACAGGCUCUUGCAAGUUUAAUGCAGCACCAUAUGGUCUUGUUUGUUACGGCCAUUGAACAGCUUCGAGAAGUUACUUACUAUGAAGCACAAUGGCAAGAAAUGUAUAAUUUAAUAAGGAAAGGAAAGGACGUUUAUUUAGUUUCGCAAAAAUUAAAUCAGGAAUCAGCAUCUAUCGCUAAAUAUGUGAGUACACAGGGCCGUGCGCGUGUGCAAGAUGUAUACAGUGCAUUUGGAAAGAGUCCAGAUGAUACAGACGAGGAGAAUAGGUUGCUACAACAAAAUAUUACUGACCUGAUUUAUCUUAAAUAUCUUGUGGUUGUACAGCCUCGACAUUUAAUUCCGGUUGGUGACCAGGAAAUGCAACUCCGUAUUAAAUAUCUUGAGCAGCGUAAGUCAGAAAAUGUUUCUGAAAUCAAGAAAAAUCGUGAAGUUAAUGACUCUGUCUCGCUGGAAAUGGCCCAGCUCCGAUCAAGCGACAUGGCGGAAAAUCAAGGUCUUAUAAGAAAACCCAAAGAUUCGAUUCCCAGGCCGACGAAAAGAAAACGAAGAAACGUUACUACUUCUUCAAUGACGGGGGAUCUUAAUGAAGUUUUGGACGAUGAGAAUAGUAUUCUGCUUCCAGAUCCGGCUGCACAUGUACGUGUAAAUCGUGCGAAAUUCUCGUUUUUAGCAAGAAACCAAAGACUUGUCCAUUGGGUAGAACGUCGCAUUGGAAAAACGGCUGCUAUCAUAUAUUCUCAUCUAUUAGCAUCCCUGGAGUCUAAAUUUGUAGGCUCUCCGUCUCCUGCUACUGUUUUGACUAUCACUACCAUGGAACUUACAAGAAACUUUCCCAAAGACAUUGACAUUGAGUCUUGUUUUGCAAAAAGCUCAAACGUUAGGAAGCCCUCUGCAAAAGCUGCAUUUGAUCAACUGGAUGAGGAGUUAGAAGUGGAAGAUGAGGAAGAUGAGGAUUAUGAAGAAAAUAUCGAUGACGAAAGCAAUAGUAAAAGCAAGGUUUUGGCACAGCAUUUGGAGUUAUUAGCUGAUAGUUCCCUGAAAUUUAUUACAAGAGUCGGUAACAGGGGCAUGGGUGAAUGGAAAAUAGACUUUGUUUAUUUAACAAAUAUGCUUCGUUCUGUAGAAUUUGAAAAUAUUUUAGAUGAAAAACUGGGUGACAGAGCAACUAGACUAUUACGAAUUAUAAAGGAUAAAGGAAAAAUUGAGGAAAAGCAACUAGCAAAUAUAGCCUUACUACGGCAAAAAGAUCUACGAACAGUCCUUCAAUCAAUGGCUGAAAUGGGAGCAUUAGAAUUACAAGAAGUCCCAAGGAGCUCGGAUCGUGCUCCUUCAAAGACUUUUUAUCUCUGGUUUCACCGGUCAGAACGGGCUUAUUCUAUCUUUUUGGAUCACUUGUAUGAAGUAAUUGCAAGAAUGUUUCAUCGACUUCGUGACGAACGGGCUCAAAGGUCGCAACUAAUAGACAAGGCUGAGCGUAUCGAUAUUAAAGGGAAAGAAGAAGAGUACCUGCAAAAGUUCGAACAAGUCGAGUUGAAAAAGUUACGCUCAUAUGAGGAAAAGCUGUUAUUGCAGGCUUCUCGUUUGGACGAAUUAAUUUUAAUUUUUAAGGACGAUUAAUAAAAUGUAUUUUUUUGAGGGUAA